GAAGACUGCUCCAGCCGGGAAAACCUGCCGAUGUCCGCCAGCACCGUGGCACGAAGAAAACGAGUGGUGCCGGCGCCUGCUGUCCAACUGAGAUGCUGACCUAAGUUAACCCUCUUGGCGACAUGACCUGGUAGCCCCCAGCCGGCCAGGAAGGGACAGAAGGACCCAGGGAAGACUGCACCGCCCUCUCCCAUCAUGGCCACUAUCCAGCACAGAUCCAGCACAGCAGCCCCAGACAGCUCAUCUGAAGGAAAGAGAACUGAGCUCAGGCCAAAUGAGAAGAAAUGCUCUUGGGCCUCCUAUAUGACCAAUUCCCCGACUGUGAUAGUGAUGAUCGGCCUGCCUGCCAGGGGAAAAACCUACAUGUCCAAGAAGCUAACACGCUACCUCAACUGGAUAGGAGUGCCAACCAAGGUGUUUAACCUUGGAGUUUAUAGGCGAGAAGCAGUGAAGUCAUACAAGUCCUAUGACUUCUUCAGACAUGACAACAAAGAGGCCAUGAAAAUCAGAAAACAGUGUGCACUGGUGGCGCUGGAGGACGUCAAGGCCUACCUAACCGAGGAGGGAGGCCAGAUUGCUGUUUUCGAUGCCACUAACACUACCAGAGAAAGGAGGGAACUGAUCCUUAACUUUGCAAAGGAUAACGCUUAUAAGGUGUUUUUUGUCGAGUCCAUAUGUGAUGAUCCAGAUGUCAUUGCUACAAACAUUAUGGAUGUGAAGGUGUCCAGCCCAGAUUACCCAGAAAGAGACAGAGAAAGUGUCAUGGAAGAUUUUCUGAAGAGAAUAGAGUGUUAUAAAGUUACCUACCAACCAUUAGAUCCAGACGAACAUGACAAGAACUUGUCCUUCAUCCAGGUCAUCAAUGUUGGCUGCAGUUUUUUGGUCAACAGGGUUCAGGACUACAUCCAGAGUAAGAUUGUCUACUACCUCAUGAACAUCCAUGUGCACUCCCACUCCAUCUACCUGUGUCGGCAUGGAGAGAGCCAUCACAACGUUGAGGGACGUAUUGGAGGAGACUCGGAGCUGUCCGACCAAGGAAAAAAGUUUGCUGCAGCGCUCAAGUCCUUUGUGCAGGAGCACCAAGUAUCAGACCUGAAAGUGUGGACCAGCCAACUGAGACGCACCAUCCAGACAGCCGAGGAACUGGGAGUGCCCUACGAACAGUGGAAGAUCCUUAAUGAAAUAGAUGCCGGUGUAUGUGAAGAGCUGACCUAUAAGAUGAUUGAGGAGACCUACCCGGAGGAAUUUGCGAUGAGGGACCAGGACAAAUACCACUACCGGUACCCUGGAGGAGAGUCCUACCAGGACCUGGUUCAAAGAUUGGAGCCGGUCAUCAUGGAGCUGGAGAGACAGGGCAAUGUGCUCGUCAUCUGUCAUCAGGCCGUCAUGCGCUGUCUACUUGCCUAUUUCUUGGACAAGAGUGCAGAUGACCUACCCUACUUGAAGUGCCCCCUGCACUGUGUCCUAAAGCUUACCCCUGUGGCCUAUGGCUGUAAAGUGGACAUGUUUGAUUUGAAGGUUGAGGCUGUCAACACACACAGGGACAGGCCAUUAAAUAAAGUCAAACAAGAUGGCUUGCCUACAACCUUCCACCGACGGAACAGCUUCACCCCCCUGUCCAGUCAAGACCAGGUGAAACGCCCUCGUCUUUACAGCGUGGAUAACCCUCCACAGACCCGCUGGCCCUUAACCCCGUUGCUACCCAGCAUGCAAUUCUUUGAGACGUCUGAGGGGCCGGAGUUGCUAGAAAGCGAGGACUCUGUAAACGGUUUCACUGCAGCCGAGGCAGAUGACUGUGCGUAGCUAAGGCGUAAAAUGGCAACACUCCCGUCACACAUCCCCUCCCUUUACCUGUCACAUGGGAGCUCGUUCCCGUCUGUUUCCAGAUCCUCGUCAGUCAUUUGAUUUAUCCAUCAAGCGAUCGCCGCCCUUUUCAGAGUCGUCUAUCCCCACUGCCCCAGAGCAGUUUUGUGAAACCCACAAAUCCCUCUUUCUUUAGCUUGUCUCUCAGUGGAUUAAACGCCACACCCUCUCUUCUGGGUGUUUUUAUUUUUAUUUAAAUGUGGUCAUUGCAGGGUCCAGUGUGUGUUCUCGUUAGUUUUUACUGUUUAUUAGAUAGAAUCUGUGUCUGGGCAUGUGCCUGCGUGAGCCUCAUGCGUUUGCACAACAGUCUCUAAUGAAUCCCUAAUACACUCCAAACACUGAUCCGGCUUUUUGAGUAGGUUAUUUUAAUAAUGUGGAGUCAUAAAUGGAGUCCAAAGUUUCUUAAAUACAGAUAUUAACCGUGACAAGAGGGUACUAAAAACUGGUUAGCAGCACAAAGCAUACGCCUUACUAUUUCUAGACUGAAGAUUGUAAUGAUGAUUGGACAUUGUAUACCUCAUAUUGAAAUUGAUUGGCUUUAAGCUUAACAUCGGGGGUCGGCUCUCUUGAAAGAGAACCUGCACAGCCUUUGUAGCGGGGUCCUGUACAACAAAUUUGCUUAUGUAAGGUUGACCCUCUCAACUUUGCCGACACUUGUCCAUGAUUUAUUCGAUGGACCAAUGAGAUGUAUCGAUGAUUUUAAUCUGAAUCUGUCAUUCAAGUGCAUUGAUUGUAAAUUAAUUACCAAUGGAUUAUAUACUGUUGGCUGUAAAAAGCUGUGAAAAAUCAAUGAAUUAUGCUUAAACUCUAUAAAAGAUGUAGCAGCUGUUUCUGUUUGCCUUUGUGACCAUUUUCCCCUCAUUUGCCUUCCUUUCAUUAUGAGCUAUCUAUAUUCCCCAUCAUUCUACUAUGUAAUUGAAAUCAAUGGUGAUAUUUGAGCUGCACAAAAGCAAUAUAAGCAAAUGUCUUAAAUGAAAUCCAGUUAUUUUACAGAUUGAAGUCAUUUUGUUGGAUAUUUUUGUCCUCUGUUGGUGUUCUCUAUUACUCUUUAGUCUCUUAAAAAAUCUAGUUAUUCGUACCUUUAAUGUAGCACAGCUUGUAAAUGACCUUGGUGGUAUCUGUCUGUUUGUGUAUCUGAAGGGUUUUUUUUUCCUCCAUUAAUUUUAACAUAAAUUAUUGUGAAUUUCAGAUGUGCCUUUACUUCAAAUGACGUGUAGCUGUAACGAGAGAAGCCACAACACUGGAUGUACAGCAUGUAAAAGUUUUGUCCGUAUGACCUCAAAUCAAUGAUUGAAAAUUAGCUCGGAUGUGUAAACUUUUAAUAUUAUACGCAAGGUACAUGGUUCAGUAACUUUUGUGGUGUUUUUAAUGGCUGUCCUUAAAUGGGUAAUUCGUGUCUUUAAACCUGUGUCCUAUUUUACAUUGUUCAAGGUCUAAAUGACUAACGACCGAAACUGGCGGCACAGUUGCAUAAUGCAUAUGAAACAGUUUCGUAUGCAUAUUUGUUUCGGUCAUUAUGCAACUGUAUUGUUUAUAAAGGUGGGGCUACCUGCAGUCAGUUGAGACUGACACAGUCACUUAGAUGAGUGAUGAAACGCUUCAGAAUAAACGUGUCCAGAUGAACUAAA